GACACACAGCAGAUCUGUAAGGAAUAAUGAAAGCUGCACUGGCAAUUAAAGCUCCCUUCUGCUCACCUGGGUUGAAUAAAUGUGUAGAAGUAUGAAAAUACCUGGAUUUGAAUCUACACCAGAUUCAAGUACAAUAGUCGACUGAUAGGUAAUACGCAAGCGAGGAACGAGAACAAGGACUUAUUUGUCAUCUCGAACUUGAAUAGUUAUUCUACCGGGAUACAAAAAUGUGGUUUAAAGUAGCCUGGUUCUGUCUCCUGGUGGUUACCAUAGUGACAUCCGCUCCAUUGCCUGCAUUGUUGGAUACUAAGGAUAUCCUCAGUAUCCAUAAAGACAUGAAUGUCCCUAUCACUAUGAAACAGGCGGAGAAUGAAAUUUUGAAAUUACCAGCGAACAAAAGGAAGAACACAGAUAAACUCGCUUACUAUCUAUUUGUGGAAUACAUGCAAGAACUUAUAAAAUCUGAAGAAAAUACAACACCGGUUAACAAAGCAGAUGUCGUAAAAAUAUACCCAACGAAAUCUUCACCAGUGUCCAAGGAAACUAGCAAUGGGAAAUUGAUACUCCCCAGUUCAAAAGAUGCACUUCUCAAAGCGGGAAUUGAUGACUUGGAUGUAUCUCCCACAAACAUUAUGAUCGCACCUACGACACAGAACAAUACUUCUGUAGAUAUACUUAACACGACCAUGUCAAUCGAAUCUGACAGCGUUGAAAUAAACCAAACCACUAACAGUUUAGAUAUGACCUCCUCAGUCAAACCUGGACUUCUAUCUACGGUCCAAUACAAAGAUUCUGUUGAUCCUGUUAAAAUGACCCAUACAGCGGAAUAUGACAAUAGUGACAUAACUAGCGUAGCAGUCACAAGUGCCCAACAGGAUGUGUCAACCACUAAAUCUGUCCUUGCGACUACUCCACAAUAUGAUACUUCUGUUAAUACAGUUACAAUGUCAAUGGAAAUUGACAAUGCUGAACUGAAAACGGCCAAACCUACAACUGAGAACUUUAAUGUACGUAAUGCAAACGUUACACAAGUAUCAACGACACAACAUAAUGAUUCUUUCAUUGCUAUUACAACAGGAAACACAUCCGUACCCAGUGAUAUGCAACAUGAUAUCGCAAGUACCACAGUGUCACUGACACUUUGGAGUCCUACUGAAAAACUCACACAAGCACCAGCAGUGCACGAUAAUGAUUCUAGCAUUGUUGUUGAAACUGGUAAUGCAACUACACUUAAUGAUACACUACAGGAUAUCGCAAGUACCACAAAGUCGUUGACAUUUGGAAAUCCUACUGAAGAACACACACAAGUAUCAACACCACAGUAUAACGACUCUUCUAUUCCUGUUGAAACAGGUAAUACAACUAUGCCUAAUGAUACACUACAGGAUAUUGCAAGUACCACAGAAUUUGGAGGUCCUACUGAAGAACUCACACAAGUAUCAACAGCAAAGUAUAAUGACUCUUCCAUAGCUGUUGAAACUGGUAAUACAACUGUACCUAGUGAUGUACUACAAGCUAUAACAACUACCACAGAGUCAUUGACAUUGGGGAAUAUUUCUCUCACUGAAAAGGUCACAUUUUUUGAAACAACCGUGGCUUCAAGGAAUAACGACACACUUGGUAAUACCGCGAAUGAAUUUCAAAGUUUGAAUAACGGCAAACUUGCUAAUAAUUCAAAAGGAGAUGCUGCACUGCUUGCUUCUAACGGAAUAAAUACAAAAGGUGGCAUUAGCAAUCUAACCGAUUCACCAGAAGGAUUUUCAAAAAUGGUAACUGAAACAUUCAAUAAAAGUUCUAACAGUUCAUCCGAGAAAGAACCAAUGAUUGCGAUUGAUUCAACAACACACAACUCUGCUUCAAGUACUUCUAAGAAGGAGAGUACAUCUGAUACAUCUGAUAUUUUUUAUCCAGGUAUUCCGCCCACUGAAUCUGAUUCUGUGUCAACACAUUCGACAAAUCCCUCUGAUAAAACAUCAAAAAAACCAACACCGAGAUCUGAUAUCGAAUGGGAUGGGAUCUGA